CACAUCUAUCUUCGUCGUUUUCCCGACUGAAGAAAUAAUGAAAUGUAUAUAUAUAUAGAGAGAGAUGCAUGCACAUUAGAUGGAUCAGUAUUUUGUUAUCCGGUUUAGCACGUACGAUAGAUAGAUGGAUAUUAGUGAUGUAUAUAGAGCCAAUACUAAUAGCUUCAGGAGAAAUAGUUCGACUUGGAGGAGCAACGGUUUGGAAAUGUUUUCGAAUUCGUCACGAGGAGAGGAAGAUGACGAAGAAGCUCUAAAAUGGGCUGCUUUGGAAAAGCUUCCGACUUUUGACCGUUUGAGAAAAGGUCUUUUGCUUGGAUUGGGAGGGGUUUCGAGCGAGGUCGAUGUAAAGGAUCUUGGAUUUCAAGAAAGGACGGAUUUGCUCGAGAGGCUGGUUAAUGUUGCGGAACAGGACAAUGAGAAGUUCUUGUUGAAGCUCAAGAAUCGAAUCGAUAGAGUUGGAAUAGAUUUACCGACGAUUGAAGUGAGAUUCGAGCACCUGAAUGUUAAAACAGAAGCUUAUGCAGGCAGUAGAGCAUUGCCUUCUUUCCUCAAUUUCUUCGCCAAUUUCUUGGAGGGAUUUGCAAACUAUCUUCGAAUAAUUCGUAGCAGAAAGAAGCCGUUGUUAAUCCUGAACAAUGUCAGUGGAAUUUUAAAGCCUAGUCGCAUGACACUUCUUUUAGGCCCUCCGAGUUCCGGAAAAACGACACUUUUGCUGGCUUUGGCCGGGAUGCUCGAUCCUGAUUUGAAAUUUUCAGGAAAUGUGACGUAUAAUGGACAUACUAUGAAAGAAUUUAUACCGCAACGAACAGCUGCAUACAUAAGCCAAAAUGAUGUCCACAUUGGAGAAAUGACUGUAAGAGAAACCUUGGCCUUCUCUGCCAGGUGUCAAGGAGUCGGAAGCAAUCAUGAAAUGUUGGCAGAGUUGUUAAGAAGAGAAAAGGAGGCAAAUAUAAAGCCCGACGCUGAUGUGGAUGUGUACAUGAAAGCAGCAGCUAUAGAAGGUCAAGAAGCAAGUAUUGUCACAGAUUAUAUUAUCAAGAUAUUGGGAUUAGACAUUUGUGCUGAUACUUUGGUAGGAGAUGAAAUGACUCGGGGAAUCUCCGGUGGGCAGAAGAAACGUGUUACGACAGGUGAAAUAUUGGUGGGGCCCGCAAAGGCGCUUUUCAUGGACGAGAUAUCCACCGGCUUGGACAGUUCGACAACCUUCCAAAUCGUGAAUUCCAUUAGACAAUCCAUCCACACUCUGAAAGGGACCGUUCUUAUUUCACUCCUUCAGCCGGAACCCGAGGCGUACGAUCUCUUCGAUGACAUCAUCCUCAUAUCCGAAGGUCGGAUUGUUUACCAGGGCCCACGUGAAAACGUGCUCGAGUUCUUCCAAUCCAUGGGCUUCAAAUGCCCCGAGCGAAAAGGGAUCGCCGAUUUCUUGCAAGAAGUGACAUCGAAGAAAGACCAGCAGCAGUAUUGGGCAUGUGAUACUGACAAGCCUUACCGGUUUAUAUCAGUAGCGGAAUUUGCUGAGUCGUUCGAGUCAUUUCACGUCGGGCGUAGACUAAACGCGGAGCUGGCAAUCUCGUUCGACAAGACUAAAAGCCACCCCGCUGCUUUGACGACUCAAAAAUACGGCGUCGGAAAAAAAGAGCUUCUGAAAGCUUGUACCUCGAGACAACUAUUAUUGAUGAGGAGAAAUUCUUUUAUAUUUAUCUUCAAGCUCUUCCAGCUAAGUAUAAUGGCUAUCAUAUCAAUGACACUCUUCCUUCGGCCUAAAAUGCACCGAGACAACGUAACCGACGGAAGAAUAUUUGCCGGUGCUCUGUUUUAUGCCAUCACAACUGUCACAUUCAACGGAAUGGCGGAGAUAGCCAUGACUAUCCAGAAGCUUCCGGUCUUUUUUAAGCAACGGAAUUUUUCCUUUUUUCCAGCAUGGGCGUAUGCUCUCCCUGUAUGGAUACUCAGCAUCCCUGUUACUGUUGUUGAAAUAGGCGUCUUUACGGUACUCACUUACUACGAAAUCGGAUUUGAUCCAAAUUUUGGAAGAUUUGUUAAAUACUACUUGGUGCUUUUAUUUCAAAUUCAAACGGCGUCUUCAUUGUUUCGAUUGAUUGGGGCGACGGGUAGGAACAUGAUCAUAGCCAACACAUUUGGCUUCUUUGUGUUGCUUAUGGUUUUUGCGUUGUGCGGUUUUGUCCUGUCACGAGAGAAUGUGAAGAAAUGGUGGAUAUGGGGUUACUACAUCUCCCCGAUGAUGUAUGCACAGAAUGCAAUUAUGGUGAACGAGUUCACAGGUCACAGUUGGAAACACGUUUCUACGAAUGCAAACAUCUCACUGGGAGUUGAGGUUUUAGAGUCUCUCGGGUAUUUUUCGGGCGCAUACUGGUACUGGAUAGGAAUUGGAGCAUUACUAGGCACGACGAUUCUGUUGAACUCGCUUUGCGUUCUGGCUCUGACUUAUCUUAACCCUCUGGGAAAACCUCAAGCUGUGCUACCAGAAAACGAGAAUGAGGUUUCAACUGUAAACAACGAAAAGAAGAGGAAAGUCGUUCUUCCCUUGGAACCACACUCCAUAACAUUUGACGACGUCAAAUACUCUGUUGACAUGCCGCAGGAAAUGAAAAAUCAGGGGGCUACUGAAGAUAGGUUGGUACUGCUAAAGGGUGUGAGUGGAGCUUUCAGGCCGGGUGUACUCACUGCUCUAAUGGGUGUUAGUGGGGCCGGCAAAACGACACUUAUGGAUGUGUUGGCGGGUCGAAAAACGGGCGGGUAUAUUGAGGGAAAUAUUACAAUAUCUGGCUAUCCGAAGAAGCAAGAGACUUUUGCUCGUAUUUCUGGAUACUGCGAACAGAACGACAUCCAUUCUCCUUGUGUUACGGUUUACGAGGCCCUCAUUUUCUCGGCUUGGCUACGUUUGCCCUCCGAGAUAGAUUCCGAAACCAGAAAGGCAUUUGUUGAAAGUGUAAUGGAGCUUGUAGAGCUAACUCCGUUAAGAGGAGGUCUAAUAGGGUUACCUGGGGUCAACGGACUAUCAACAGAGCAGAGAAAAAGGUUGACUAUUGCAGUUGAGCUCGUUGCAAAUCCAUCGAUCAUAUUCAUGGAUGAACCAACUUCAGGCUUAGAUGCAAGAGCUGCUGCUAUUGUGAUGAGAACUGUUAGGAACACUGUUAACACUGGAAGGACAGUUGUCUGCACCAUCCAUCAGCCUAGCAUCGACAUUUUCGAAUCUUUCGACGAGCUGCUAUUGAUGAAGCGAGGGGGACAAGAGAUAUACGUGGGGCCGUUGGGUAGGCAUUCGUGCAAUUUGAUCGAGUAUUUUGAGGGAAUCGAGGGAGUUACGAGAAUCAGGGACGGUUAUAAUCCGGCAACAUGGAUGCUGGAAGUAACAUCUUCGGCUCAGGAAAUGAUUUUAGGGGUGGACUUUAGUCAGCUUUACAAAAACUCCGAGCUUUGUAGGAGAAAUAAAGCUCUGAUUAACGAGCUAAGUACACCACCUCCGGGUACGAGAGACCUUCAUUUCCAAACUCAGUACUCUCAGCCUUUUCUCACUCAGUGCAUUGCUUGCCUAUGGAAACAACACUUGUCAUACUGGCGCAAUCCUCUUUACUCUGCUGUAAGAAUUCUGUACACGAUUUUCCUAGCGAUCCUGUUUGGAUCGAUUUUCUGGGAUCUCGGUUCCAAAAGGCGUACUCAGCAAGAAAUUUUCAAUGCGAUGGGGUCCAUGUAUGCCUCGGUCUUCUUCCUAGGUGUACAAAUCGCGUCAUCGGUACAGCCUGUGGUGUCUGUUGAACGAACGGUUUUCUAUCGGGAAAGGGCUGCGGGGUUGUACUCAGCCUUACCGUAUGCCUUCGGACAGGCUGUGAUUGAAAUUCCGUAUGGUUUUGCUCAGGCGAUAACAUACGGGACAAUCGUGUAUGCAAUGAUUGGUUUUGAGUGGACAGCGGCUAAAUAUUGGUGGUAUAUAUAUUUCAUGUUCUUCAGUCUGUUGUACUUCACCUUCUACGGCAUGAUGGCUGUGGCUUUGACUCCUAAUCAUCAUAUUUCAAACAUCAUAUCUUUCUUCUUUUAUUCGCUGUGGAAUCUUUUUUCGGGGUUCAUAAUUCCGAGACCGAGGACACCUGUGUGGUGGAGAUGGUUCCAUUGGGCAAAUCCUGUGGCGUGGACACUCUACGGUUUAGUUACAUCACAGUUUGGAGAUGUAAGAGAUGAGCUGGAAAUUACAAAGCAACCUGUCGGAGAGUUCUUGUCAAGUUACUUUGGUUUCAGACACGAUUUUAUCGGUGUGGUUGCUGUUAUGGUUGCUGGUUUCGGAGUUGUGUUUGCUUUUGUUUUUGCAUUUGCUGUCAAGGCAUUGAAUUUCCAGAAGAGAUAAAGUAAUCGCGUUACGAAGAUUGCGAUUAUUUUCCUUGAACUCUCCAAGAUUUGUAGUCGUCGUCUUUUCCGGCUUUACCUAAUGAUAUUUAGCAUAGUUUGACGGUCAAUGGGUUGCGUUAUGAAGGUUUCGAGCUUGUUUACGAUCCGAAUCAUUGUCCUUUUCAAUCACAGUUCAAACACACAAGUUCUUUGGGGUAAAAACUGAAUUGUGUACAUAUGUCUAAUAUAUGAUAUAUCGUGCAAUGUAAGUUUACUAUAA